GUGUACUGAGAAUGUUGUAGCAUUCACCACGCGUGUUUUGAUAAAAUGUUUUGGCUUCAAAAGCGCUGUCUUUGCUGUUUUGUAUUGUGUAGUAUUCUAUACAGAUUCUCAAGCGCCCAAGGAUUUAACAGUCUACUUUUCCAACCGAUAGACGCUAAUGUAACUUGUGGCACUCCGGCCGAAAUAUAUUUCAGGACCCAGGAUGGAGUUCUUCAUCCAAGGCUGAGAACACCACUGGUUUGCGAUGCAACCGACUCUGCGAAUUCGCAUCCCCCGGAAAAAAUGGUUGACGACGAUCUCACCACGUUCUGGCAGUCAAAAGCUAGCAUUGAUAGAGCUGAUAUUCGCAUUGAUUUGAAUCAGGAAGUUUAUGGUUACGAGCUUUUCAUGACAUUCGGCGAUUAUCGUCGACCAGAACAAAUCGCAUUUUACAAGUCGAAAGAUUUUGGCGCGACAUUUGAACCUUGGCAUUUCCUGGUCUCUGCUCCAGCUGUGGAACAAUGUCGCGAUGUCUUCAAUAUGCCAGUUACCUUCAACCCUGAGAAAGUUAAUACAGUCAUUUGUCAACAAUACCCAAGUUAUUUCCCCAUGGAAUACAAUGAGACGUUUUCUGUUGACAUGAACGGUCGUCAAAGAGGAGACGGAAGCAGCGCUUCAGAUUAUCACUCGCCUGAAAUUCUGGAUUGGAUGAAAAUCACAAAUCUCAAGAUCGUUUUUACUGGAUUGUAUAAGAAAUUCGAUAGAUUGUCGACAGCCUGGCACCAUUACACAGUGCGUGAGGUUGGUAUCAGCGCAAAGUGUAAUUGCAAUGGUUUUGCUGAUGGGUUUAACUGUCCUCUCGAUUCCGUCACUAAACGUCGUGAAUGCCGUUGCCAAGGCAACACGUGUGGGUCACAUUGCCAGCAGUGCUGUCCUGCGUAUAACCAACAUCCAUGGCAACCAAGCAAUGGUGCUCCUUGGAUGUGGAAUGGAACUGCGUCAUGCGAAGCUUGUAAUUGUCACAAUCAUUCUGACGUUUGCGUGUACGAUCAAAACGUUGCUGAUAGGAAACUGAGCUUGGACACAGAAGGUCGAUAUAGUGGUGGGGGAGUCUGUGUGGAUUGCAAGCACAAUACUGAUGGAAUCAACUGUGAAAAGUGCAAGACUAAUUUCUAUCGACCUGUGAGUCAAAGUAAAACCUCGUUUGAUUCUUGCAAAGAAUGUGGCUGCAAUCCCGCUGGGACCAUCGCUCAUCCAAACAUGACGUAUUUAGACUGUGUUCGUGAUGAAGAUACAGCUAAACUCCACAGUGGAAAGAUUCCGGGAGAUUGUUAUUGUAAAGAAAAUGUUUUAGGCAGGACGUGUGAUACUUGCAAAGAUGGGUUUUAUCAUUUGACUGAAAACAAUAGCCUUGGUUGCCAAGGCUGCGAUUGUUUUUUACCUGGUACUUUAAAUCGCUCGAAUAUUUGUGAAAAGGACACUGUUGGUCAAUGUCCUUGCAAAGAAAACACUCACAGCAGAAACUGUGCUCAGUGCAAACCAGGCUAUUAUAAUCUCAGAAAUGAGGAUGUUGAUGGAUGCGAAGAUUGUGGUUGCGAUCCCGGGGGGUCAGUUCAAGGCUCGUUUUGUAACAACAUCACAGGAACAUGUGAAUGUCGCGCGCAUAUUUACGGCAAGCAAUGUGAAAGGUUUGUCCAUAUUAUCACUGUCAUCAAAUAUAGUUCGCCAAUAGCCUAA